AACCAUAAAUUUACUCAGUUUUCUCAAAAAAGAGGCUAGUUUCCGCAAAAAUCCGCCAUUCUUGAAGGUUCUGCCAGUGCGAUUUGUCCAGAAGGUCGUGGAAGUUGGCAGAGAGCUGAGUUUUAAAUCUCGCGUCUUCGUGAGCCGGCUCACUUCUAUUCUUCCAUGGCUCUCAACCCUAAUCUAUUUCCAAAUGGGAUGCCCGUUCCCUUCACCAACGAGCUUUUCGUAUUGGCUAGAGAUGGCGUUGAAUUUGAGAUUGAUAAGAUCCCCGGGGCUAAUAGUGAUCGUGUGAAAGCAAAAGGGACUAUUUACUUGUCAAAUGUACGCAUGGUCUUUGUCUCAAAUAAACCAGAUCCAAUCUUUACUGCAUUCGACAUGCCUUUGCUCUAUGUUCAUGAUGAGAAAUUUAACCAGCCAAUAUUUUUCUGCAACAAUAUCUCUGGAUUAGUUGAACCUGUGGUACCUGAAGACCAGCACAGGGCUCUCUACUCCACUCACUCGUUCAAGAUUUUGUUCAAGGAAGGGGGAUGUGGUACCUUUGUGCCACUUUUCUUCAACUUGCUGUCUUCAGUGAGGCAAUACAAUCAACAUAUGAAUGCAGGUCCCCGAGUGGAUCCAUUGCAAGCAGCGCAAACUCCUGUCGAUGAAAUGAUGAGACAUGCAUAUGUUGAUCCAAAUGAUCCGACCAGAAUCUUCUUACAGCAGCCAACAACGGAGUCCCAGUUAAGGAGGCGAACAUACCAAUCCCAACCAGUUGAAAAUGCAAUGUGAAGUUGGUUGAAAAACUAUCUCAUACACUAUAGAUUUGUUCCUUGGUUGUUACUUUCUUAUUAUCUACAAGAAGCGAGGGACUUGAUGGAACGAAUGAACACUUGUACAGUUGAAAAAUGUGUUGUUGAAUCUGUAGUUACGAGCGGUCAAUUGUCAUUUACUGAAGUUUCAACUUAACUCUUCCAAUAUGUUAUUUUGCAUGUCAGCAUGGCAUAAAGUAGUAUUUAUUUUAAUUAAUGUAAUCUAUGUUCAACUAAAAUAAAAUAAUAGAAUUUUAUUGUGGUCCUGC